AUGUCGUACCCGCUUGUUAGCGAGGGGCAGCCGCUGAUGGUCGUGCAGGACAGCUGCGACAAGGAUGGCCGGGGCCCUUUUGAGAGGCAGCCGGCCGGAGGGUCAGGGACUCUCAGGGACUCUCAAGGGUCUGGGGAGGGGACGAUGGGCCAGGGGUCCAAUUACAGAAUGGACACAACUUGGAGUGACUGGAUGAGUAGACCUCUCGAGAACCAGCUCAUCUGCAGUUCCAGUUCGUCUCCCAAACACCUGCAACUUGCCGGGCUGAAAAAGAUGAAACCCUUCAAGGCGCUUAUAUGUGAGCGUAAUUCCGAGCCGAGGAAGGUGUUGCAAGAUGGGACCCGAGAAACACGUUCCCGCCCUUAUGUUGCGGCUCUGCCGUAAAGAUCACCCUUUUCGCCCUCACAGAGACAGGACAGGACAGGACAGGACAGAAAAAAGCUGAAUGCAACUCUACAGGAAACGGGCUGACAUCAGGUUUGACGAAUGAUAUGUACGCAGGCUUCCGUUCUCCUGGAUGUACUAGCAGACGUGCAAAAGGGGCACGGGUCACUCAGGGGUAUCUCAA